GGGGAGAAAACGCUAUGCCGUGGACCGCAGCAAGGCAUAUUGGUGAUGUUACGUCGUCGCGGAAACGGCUAAACGUAAUCCAGCGACAAAUCAAGGAGCCAAUAGUAGAUCUCACUGAAAAAUAUUUGUCAUUACUGUUGAAAAAUUCAUUCUGGGGACGGAACGGACAUAAAUAAGCAGUUCCACGUUGUAGCUACUCACAAAGUGGAGGCGAACCUGGGGGAAUAGCUACAUAGACUAUAAUAAUUGAGAGAAACAGCAGCAUGGUGAAUAAUGUGCAGAGAGUCGACGACGCCUGGCGAACAUGCACCAAAAGCAACUCAAGUGGCACGAGCAACAGCAGCGGCGAGAGUUCCAUGGAGAGCUCUCGCUCCUCGACGCCUGUGCUGGCUGCCGACCGCACGGAAAGGCUACGGGACAAGAUGCGCAGGCGGACAGAGUCAGGCGACCACUGGUUUUCCCUAGAGUUCUUCCCCCCUCGUACUGCCAGUGGGGCUGUCAAUCUCGUCUCGAGAUUUGAUCGCAUGGGCUCUGGGGGGCCCCUGUUCAUAGAUAUUACCUGGCAUCCGGCGGGGGACCCAGGUUCGGACAAGGAGACCUCCUCUAUGAUGAUUGCCAGCACAGCGGUCAACUACUGUGGUCUGGAGAGCAUCCUGCACCUGACCUGCUGCAACCAGACCAAAGAAAAGAUCACUGGAUACCUGAGCAAAGCCAAACACCUUGGCCUGAAGAACAUCAUGGCUCUAAGAGGAGAUCCCGUAGGGGCUGACUGGGAAGAGGAAGAAGGGGGCUUCAACUACGCCACAGACCUGGUCAAACACAUCCGCUGCGAGUUUGAUGACUACUUUGACAUCUGUGUGGCUGGCUACCCUACUGGCCACCCGGAGGCAGACAGCUACGACGAGGACCUGAGACACCUGAAGGAGAAAGUGGACGCCGGGGCAGACUUCAUCAUCACCCAGCUCUUCUUCCGGGCCGACACCUUCCUCAAGUUUGUCAGAGAUUGCAGGGCCAUAGGGAUCACCUGCCCCAUCCUACCAGGCAUCUUCCCUAUCCAGGGCUACCAAUCUCUAAAGCAGCUGGUGAAGUUGUCCAAGCUGGAAGUGCCUGAGGAGAUCAUGCGGGUCAUCGAGCCCAUUAAGGACAACGACGCAGCCAUCCGCAACUACGGCAUUGAGCAGACCGUGGGCAUGUGCCGCGUGCUCCUGGAGAGUGGCAAUGUGCCGGGCCUCCACUUCUACACGCUGAACCGCGAGGUGGCCACCGUGGAGGUUCUGCGGCAGCUGGGCCUCUGGAUCGAGGACCCCAGGCGUCCACUCCCCUGGGCGGUGAGUGCUCACCCCAAGCGCAAAGUGGAGGACGUGCGGCCCAUCUUCUGGGCCUCCAGACCAAAGAGCUACAUAUACAGAACACAGGACUGGGACGACUUCCCCAACGGACGAUGGGGCAACUCGUCAUCUCCAGCAUUUGGCGAACUCAACGAUUACUACCUGUUCUACCUGAAGAGUAAGUCGUCCAAGGACGCCCUGCUGAAGAUGUGGGGCGAGGAGCUGACCAGUGAGCAGAGUGUCUACGAGGUUUUUACCAGCUACAUUAAGGCCCAGCCCAACUGCGCCGGACACAAGGUGAUGUGUCUGCCAUGGAACGACGAGCCGCUGGCUCCGGAGACUAACUUAAUGAUGGACGAGCUCGACAAGGUGAACCGCCGGGGGGUCCUCACAAUCAACUCCCAGCCCACCAUCAAUGGCAAGCCCUCCGACGACCCCAUCGUGGGCUGGGGCCCACCGGGGGGCUACGUCUUCCAGAAGGCCUAUCUGGAAUUUUUCACCUCGAGUGAAAACGUCACCGUUCUCCUCAAAGUGCUGAAGAAGUACGAACCUCGCGUCAACUACCACAUUGUCAAUGUUCAUGGUCAGAAUACGACGAACGCCCAUGACAUGCAACCCAACGCUGUGACGUGGGGCAUCUUCCCUGGCAGGGAGAUUGUCCAGCCCACAGUGGUGGAUCCAGUCAGCUUCAUGUACUGGAAGGACGAGGCCUUUGCCCUGUGGAUUGAGCAGUGGGCCAAGCUGUAUGAGGACGAGUCGCCAUCACGCAUGAUCAUCAAGUACAUCCACGACAACUACUUCCUAGUCAACCUGGUGGACAACGACUUCCCAUUGGACAACUGCCUGUGGCAGGUCAUCGACGACAUGUUUGAGCUGCUUGACAACCCCCCGGAGGAGCAACCCACGGAGCAACCUGUAGAACAGCCUGCCGAGGAGUCACCCGUGGAAGAUCAAUCCCCAAAGUAACUGUGGCGACGGCCACUAACGGACUAUUUUACUUUUUCUCCCCGGUGCUGCGAUCGAGAACUUUUCACUAAAAACUAACACCACAAAGUACUUAACUGGAGUAUUAUACUAUACAGUAUACAUACUGAACAUGUAUACACUGCUCAAAAAAUAAAUGAAACACUUAAUCUCUUGCUCCUACCUGGCACGCAGGCGUCCCAUCUAGAGCUUUGGAAAUGCAAAUGCGCUACGCUAAAUGCUAAUAGUAUUAGUUAAAACUCAAACGUUCAUUAAAAUACACAUGCAGGGUAUUGAAUUAAAGCUACACUCGUUGUGAAUCCAGGCAACAAGUCAGAUUUUUAAAAUGCUUUUCGGCGAAAGCAUGAGAAGCUAUUAUCUGAUAGCAUGUAACACCCCAAAAGACCCGCAGGGGACGUAAACAAAAUAAUUAGCAUAUUCGGCGCUACACAAACCGCACAAUAAAAUAUAAAACAUUCAUUACCUUUGACCAUCUUCUUUGUUGGCACUCCUAGAUGUCCCAUAAUCACUAUUGGGUCUUUUUUUUCGAUUAAAUCGGUCCAUAUAUAGCCUAGAUAUCGAUCUAUGAAGACUGUGUGAUAAACGGAAAAAAAUAGCGUUUCAUAACGUAACGUCAUUUUUUUAAAUUCAAAAAGUCGACGAUAAACUUUCACAAAACACUUCGAAAUACUUUUGUAAUGCAACUUUAGGUAUUAGUACACGUUAAUAAGCGAUAAAAUUCAUCAGGAGGCGAUGUCAAUUCUAUAUGUGUCUGUCUCGAAAAAAUGUCUUGGAGAGAGCUCGACCAAAACAUCCGGUCGGAGACUGGAGGGAAUUCCCUUGAUUCGGUUAGACCAAGAAUCAAUUGCGAAUCAAAUGACAAGACUCUAGACAACGUGUGGAAGCUGUAGGCACUGCAACCUCGGCCUCAUUUAAUUCGGUUCACUUUGAACAAUUCCUUGAAGUCGCGGAUGGAUAUUUAUUUCCAUUUUCAGUGAUCAGAUUUUCAUGCACUUUUCGAUGAAAAGCACGUUCUGUUAUAGUCAAAGCCGUGAUUUAACCAGUUUUAUAAACGUCUGAGUGUUUUCUAUCCACACAUACUAAUCAUAUGCCUAUACUAUAUUCCUGGCCUGAGUAGCAGGGCGCUGAAAUGUUGCGCGAUUUUUAACAGAAUGUUCGAAAAAGUAGAGGGUCGACUUAACAGGUUAAACAACACAAUGUAACUCCAAGUCAAUCACACUUCUGUGAAAUCAAACUGUCCACUUAGGAAGCAACACUGAUUGACAAUACAUUUCACAUGCUGUUGUGCAAAUGGAAUUGUGGAAAUUAUAGGCAAUUAGCAAGACACCCCCAAUAAAGGAGUGGUUCUGCAGGUGGUGACCACAGACCACUUCUCAGUUCCUAUGCUUUGAUGUUUUGGUCACUUUUGAAUGCUGGCGGUGCUUUCACUCUAGUGGUAGCAUGAGGCGGAGUCUACAACCCACACAAGUGGCUCAGGUAGUGCAGCUCAUCCAGGAUGGCACAUCAAUGCGAGCUGUGGCAAGAAGGUUUGCUGUGUCUGUCAGCGUAGUGUCCAGAGCAUGGAGGCGCUACCAGGAGAUAGGCCAGUACAUCAGGAGACGUGGAGGAGGCCGUAGGAGGGCAACAACCCAGCAGCAGGACCGCUACCUCAAACUUUGUGCAAGGAAGAGCACUGCCAGAGCCCUGCAAAAUGACCUCCAGCAGGCCACAAAUGUGCAUGUGUCUGCUCAAACGGUCAGAAACACUCCAUGUGGGCCCGACGUCUACAGGUGGGGG